CAGCAGCAUUACACCAGCACGCGCCACUCACCCUGCGUGGCGUCCCGGUGAUUAACUUAAUAUCUGCACGAGCCGCGGCGCCAUGGCUGCGGCCGGCCCCAUCUACUGCACCCUAGAGGCACCAUACCGACCCGUCAGAGGCAGCAUACCCGCCGCAAUCCCCGGCAGCUCCUGUUCGCCUUCAGUGUGCAUUAGUAGCGGUGCUUCUACUAUGGCUGCAUUAGUACCAAACGGACGCCAGAUUGCAGGGAGGUUCGGCGCCCGCUCAGAGUGCAGUAGUAGCGGCGCCUCUACUAUCGCUGCUGCAGUAGUACCAAGCGCACGCCAGAAUGCAGGCAAUUCCGGCGCUCGUUUCCGCUCCUCGUUUCGUCCGACUCGGCUUGCGCGUCAGCCGUCUUCGCAAGAAAACUUUACCGCUUCGCUAACUUCGCGUCAGCCUAAUUGGCUGUUUACACAGCAGCGUCACCACCACCAGCAGCAGCAGCAGCACAGCCAACGACCGCGGCGGGCAUCAUUUCAGCCACAGCAGCUCAGCGGCGCACAAGAUGCGCUCGUUAAAGAGUUCCUCGACGUUUCAAAAAGAUCUUUCUGGCCAGGCCGCCUGAUUCCGCCGCUUCCAUUCACCCACCGGCCUCUCCGCCACAGACAUUCGCCAUGGCAGCACCACCAGCCGAAUCUUCUCGCGGCGCGAUCGCGUCUGUCGCCGUCGCCGAAGCGUUUUCAGCGUGGCGUGGAGGCGCGCUUCCAGAGGACGGCGGAGGCGGCGGGAGGCCCGUUGACGGCGCGUGACUGGCGGGCGCGCACGUCGUGGGGCGGGCAUGCGAGUAGCUCGUCGCCUCGAGGGGACGUUCGGUGCCAGCUGUUCUCGUCUAAGACAGCCGUGCGCAUUCCGCCCCUCACUAUAGUCACAGAGGCAGCAGCCAUGGACGAGAGGGAGGUGGCGGCGCUGCUGGCAGCAUCUGGGCAGAACGGACAACUGUUCCCCGCCCUGCUGCCGCCCGAGCCGUCCUCUGAAGGGCCGCCCUUGCCUCGCAAUGUGAACGUGGCUCGCGUGCCGGUGGAUAAGAGGAGAGUGGGGAGGGCCAAUGCUGCUAGGAUGAGGAAAGCAUUGGAUAGAAGCACCGUGACCGUCGCUCUGUACGUGAAGAAGACGGACCUUGCAGAGGACUAUUACACCGACGAGGGUGAGGAGGAGGAUACAGAGGAGGGAAAUGAGAGGAAGGGCAGCACAGGAGACAGUUCAGGCGGCAGUGGCAGCAGCAGCAGCAGCCCGGGCAGGGCUGUGAGCAAGAGGGCAAUGAGGCGGGUGCAACAGGUGGAGGCGGCGCGGAGGAGCGUGGAGGGCAGGCGGAUGGUGGCAUUUGGACGGGCGUAUUCAGAUGGGACUCUCACUGCCGCCGUGCACGACAUAGCGGUGGCACCAGUGUACAGGGGCCGUGGCCUGGGCACCAGGGUGUUGCAGAGAAUCCUCAGGGAGCUCCUGUCUCGGGGCAUUGGCGACAUCUCUGCAGUCGUUUGGCCCGACCAGCGCUUGUUCGUGUGGCAGUCGGGGUUCCGCUUUGACCGCCUUCAGACAACCACGAUGCUAUUCAAAGGCCUCGCACCUGCAGACAGUGAGAAUGGCACAAACACUGAUAGCAACAGCAGCAGCAGCAGCAGCAGCAGCAGCAGCAGCAGCAGCAGCAGCAGCAGCAGCAGCAGCAGCAGCAGCAGCAGCAGCAGCAGCAGCAGCAGCAGCAGCAGCACAGAACUUGCCGCAAGCAACCAGCAGCAGGAGCCGCAGGAAACUGAUGCUGGUGAAGCCCCCCAAGGAGCCGAGGCAGAGGAGGAGGUACGCGAGGUGAGGUUCGGAAGCUGGGCCAUGCACGUACCGCCCCCACUGCAAGUGCCUUACCCCCUCAAGGCCCCCCUGCACGCACUCACGACUCGAGAGGCCAUGGUCACAGCAGCGGCACAGGCACGGCCGGUGCAGCAGGAAGCGGAGGGGCAUCGGCCGGAGGAAGAGGGGGGAUCGAGACUGCCCUGGAGCAAGUGAGCCUGCCACAAGCCGUUAUUUGCACUCAAGCCUCGAGAGGUCAGGGCUACAGCAGCAGCGGCACAGGCACGGCCGGGGCAGCAGGUGGCAGCGGAGGGGCAACGGCCCCAGGGGCUGAGACUUUCCUGGAUCAGGCGAUCUUGUAAGGCGCCGAAAUAAGUCGGGACUUUGACCGGAGGGCUAGUUGAGGCGCCUACAGGAGGCAGAGGGGCAAAAGACCAGAGGGGUUGAGACUUCCCUGGCGCACAUGAUCGAAGGGUGGGAUGCUGCUGUACUCCUUGGUCCGAUGCUGGUUGGGUGCGGUGGUGUGGUGGACGGUGCCUGUUUGUGGCACUGGGAUCCAGUCCCAGAGGUUGAAAGCAUACCCGGAAGUGUACAAUUUGGCUACGUAGCUGCCACAGAGCCAUGAUCAAGCCAUAGUAGGCUGUCUAGUACAGAAGACUCCUAUAGCAAGCCCCAUCAAGUCUAAUUGAGAGUCGGUUACUGGUAUAUGCAUAUCUCAUGCUGCUGCAACAGUACUGACGAAGCACUCUCAUCUGUACAAGCACUGCACUGCAGGAA